AUGUCGGCUUGGUGGCAGAACAAGGUCCUUCGCUAUGGCCUUCGCUAUGGACUCGCGAGGACGGGUCUGUUGGAAGACGAGGCGCUGGAUCUGGACAACUUGAACAUUACGCUCGGAAAGACAAAUGUGAUAGAUCUGAAGGAUGUCGGUCUGAACAUCAAACGUAUCAGUCAGUUGGCCCAACUACCGCCGUGCCUGCGUCUCGAGACGGCUCGCGUGCUAGCAUUGCGUCUCAUCAUCCCUGCCGACUUCUAUCAGUCCAGCAUCGUAGUCGAGGUGGAUGGGGUCGAGAUCGUAGCUCGACUGCAAGAGGAGGAUGUUACAGCGCAACAAUCACAGCGCAAGCCUCGCGCUAGAUCACCUGCUACCUCUCGAACUCCCCAACAUCGCAAGACGAACCGUCGGAUACCUUCGCCGCCUCCGUACGAUCCAGGUGGCUCGGAAGAUGAAUUACAUAUACCUACUACAGAAGAGGUGGCUAAGUCCUUCAUGCGAGAGGAACCGCCGCAAGAACGGAGAGAGUUGGAAGCUUUGGCGGCAAACAACGCUGCAGUGGAGGAGUCAUUCGUCAGCGAGAGUAGCGAGGGUGGUGAUAUCGGUACUGGUGUUGGGGUUGGAGUCCCUGGGUUCCUCACCAACUUCCUGCAGGGAAUCGUGGACAGAUUCAAAGUGGAAGUAAAGAACGUGCAGGUCAAUGUUGAGACGGAUAUUGGAGGAGAAGAUGGACAACCCAUGCCGGUGACUCUCAGACUGACGGUUGGUUCAGCCGAGCUGGAUCGGCUACAGAGCGCCGCGAACGAAGGGCAAGGUGAUGCUAUACCAAAGAGGAGGUUGAAGAUCCGCAACUGUUCUGUUGCAUUGCUGUCCGAUGCAACAUUGUUCGCUGAGAUGUCUGAGAUACCCUCGCGAGCAUCGCCUGCCGCCACCAGGUCGCCGGCGGAGAGUCCUCGUGCCAGCCGAACUGCAGAUCCCAUUUCUCCGGAAUCGCCUCUUGAAGGUGUCCCAACCUCUGCUAACAGACCUUUCAGUCCGAUUGGAACAUCCACUGGGAUAUCUACUGGGCCGCCAUUGUCCAUGUCACUGCCGCGCCCGCUGUCGCACAUGGAGCCUUACACUGGCAUGGACAACGCUGACCAAUUUGUAGAAACAGAAAAUGAGGAAGUUGAUGAGGGUCAAGCCAGGUCUUCAAUUUUGGACAUCAAGCCCGGUGACGAUAACGUGAGUUGGGGUUCUCGGAGAAGCCAGGCUAGCGCGCCGUCGGACGACUUAUGGAAGAGCAUGGCCAGCGAAGAUGACCUCCCAGACUCACUUAUUAUUCAGCCGGGGCGAAGUGGCACACCUAAAGCGCUGUCGUCUCACGGCAGUAGUCCAUUCGCGAACAGGCGGUCAGGUAGCAUGCCGCUGAAUGAGCCCGAUACUACGAGCUCAGGAUCAUGGCCAAGACUUGGAGAUCGGAAUGUGCGCUCUCAACAUAGCGGAGGCUCGUGGCCCACUGCACAACAAAGCCAACACGAUGAGUACGAACCGCUUGACGAUGUUCUUGCGACCAGCACUUCGCAGAUUACGGACAAUAAGCUCACAGCCUUCGAGCGCGAUCCGCAGGGUCCGCUACCCGAGACACCUCCAGAGCCACUAGGAGAAGUUGGAGAUGACAUGAUGGAGUCCAAGCUGUUCAGUCACGAUGAGGCGGAGAGCAUGUACAUGAGUGCCAUGACUGGAAGUCCGGAGAUGAAUAUGCCUGGCGGCUGGAACGCAGAUGCUCAAAGCGACAAUUCGUCUUCGAGUAAGCGGUCAAUGGCGCCGAACGCGUCAAACCUGGAUGGUAGCAUGAUGUCUGCAACCUCAACUCCGGAUCUCAACCGACAUUCUGAACAUGCUACUCCCCGAGCCCAGAGUCCUGAUCUUACCUGGAGAGUUGCAGGCUCCCUUCAGCUGCCUGAUACCAGCAAAGUAGUACGGGAGGUUCUGUUCGUAGACACCGUAUCGGUCAGUAUUCCUCAAUCUGGUACGAGCCGUCACGAAGAACAGCGCCAUUCGCAGCAGCCCCAGAAGGCUCGUCAUUCCGUCUCUGCGAGCCGUAUCGGUCACGGUAUGCCUGGUACAUUCUCUGCGUACUCUGAGAUGAGUAGCAGCAAGUUUCGGGACGGGGGCUUUGCACAUCGCGAGUCAAACAGCAUCCUUGGUACGCCUCCAAAGAUUGAGCCGUCUGUCCAAAUAGAAGUCGCGGUGGGCGUCAUUCGGGCACAGUUAGACGUCUCCGCCAGUAGGAUACUCUAUGCAAUCGUCUCUGGAGCUGUGUCUUCUUUUAGCAGCCAGGGAUCGGAGCAUUCGAAGCAGCCGACGGGAACCCCACGAGAAAGCAAGGUUUCAAUGUGCGUACAGAUCGAUGGCUUCCACGCCUGUUUCCGUGAGGACAUCCCGUCGGGCGCGACACUUGCAGGGGGGGAUGAUCUCGCCAGCGCGCUACUCGGCUUUCACUGCCAGCGUAUUGACUUCUCCACCCUGGACGACACCAAAUUGAGCAUUGGAUUUCUACAAAUCACGCUGGGGCAGACGGAACUCUUAAGCUUUAUUCACGAAGUUGACACGACCGCAAGCUCACACAUACUCACACGCGGAUCGCCUGUUGUUAAGAUCGAUGUCUCUAGGAACAGAUUUGCAAUGACCGGACGACCAAUCGUGGAAAUCGCAGUGCAUACCAGUAGACUCGCUCUCGAUCUGGACCUCUCUGCAGUGGACGAGAAGUUCGAUUGUUUCGGUGGUAUCAGCGGCAUGCUUGAGCUCGGAUCUUCGAUUCUAACUGAGGGCGAAACCACAUCUGUCCGACCGGCCAAGCCAUCGAAAGGAGUUCGAUUCGCUGAAGAUUCUGAAACCCCCCGAUCUGGCGCCGAAAUCAAACUCAACGGCCGUGUGGAUGGCUUGUCCACGACAUUGCGAGGCCCUUCUUGCUCAAUGAGUUUGCGUAUGCCCACGCUCAAAUUCGUGUAUCGCGAACAUGGUGCUUCAGCAGCGAUCGAUCAGGUUUUAUUGAGCGGUCCACAUCUACCAUCCGGCGACUCGAGUCAUCCGCUGUCGUUGAGAUUGGCCAAGCUGCGCGUGGAAUACUACUUCGAGCCUCAGGAUGCGGAUUUGGAGCGGCUUCUGUCCUUGAUAACACCUUCCAAAGACAAAUAUGACAACGACAACGACAUCCUCAUCGACACGCUCCUUCGUCAGAGACGUAAAGGUGCCGUGUUGCGCGUAGUGAUUGACUCCUUAAAGGCACAAGUGGACAAUUGGGACUGCGUGUCGACGUUGAACGCCCUGGCCGAUGAUCUGGCCAAGCUUUCCGCUGUUACCAAAUAUUUGCCAGAAGAUGAGAAACCGGGCAUACUCACACUGCUUCGCCUGAAAGCAACAGAACUUGAGCUUCCCAUCAACGAGAGAUUCGGCAACCUCGGUGUUACGGCUCAGGAGCUGUGCCUGGCGCAUGUUGGUCUGCCAGCUCUGCUUGCUUUCUCUGUUGGGGACUUGGUCGCAAGUCAGGCUGGUGGGCCACAGCUGGUUCACUCCCUCAUCCCAUGCUCUGGUUCCGAGAAUCCACCGGUCUUCAUGGCGCGCAUUCUAGGUGACGAGGCAGAGCCGAUUGUAAAGCUCAAGGCAUUCAAUCUUUGUGCUGAGUAUAGCGUGCCGGUUGUCCUAGCUCUGACAAGCAUGGACGAAGAAAUGGAACCGGAAGAAAUGAUCAACGCCAUGGCCCAAUCAGUUGCCAAUUUAAUGGUCGCUGAUUCUCUGCCGAAGCUCCAGCGCAGCCCAGAGAGCGAUCUUUAUAAAGCGAGCACAAAGCGCACAAUCAUCGACCUUCUUAUCCACGACUCUGCGAUCGGUCUGAGUCCCCAGAAUCUGCCUUCCAAAGCACUUGCCGUGCUCCACGACGUCCAUCUCUCGACUAAGAUUCCUCCGGAAGAAAAAUUGUGCGCGCAUUUAGACCUGCGCAAGUCGUCAAUAUUUGUAUGCGACCACCAGCCGGAACCUCCCACGACUUCGGAGAUGCCCAAAACCCUUGCAGAGCGGCACGUUCGCCUCUCCAAAGUUCUGGCCAGUGAAGGUUAUGCUCAAAUUGGCACCAUUAUGUCCGCGAAGAUCGACAUAUUUGCUAGAGACAGUGCAAGUUUAGAGUCGAAGACAGUUGAGGUCGACAUUAAGAACGACUUGCUGCUGCUCGAAACGUGUGCAGACUCCUUGCAUACGCUUGUUGCAACCCUUGGCGCUUUGGCUCCACCAACUCCGCCUAACAGAGAUCCAAAGUAUCUGACCGAACCGCUGGCGAUUGAGGAUCUUCUGAAUUCAUUUCCAGGCGAGGAAGUAGUCCGGAGAACCCCUCAAGCGCCUCCGCAGCUGCUUUUCGAUGCAGAAAAUGAUCUGGAAGACCUUGGAUCUGAUGUGCCACUCGGAGGAUCUAUAUUCGACGCUGAUCCCGAUGACAUGAUUGCAGAAUCGGCCAUGACGGGAAGUCUUUACGGUCCCAUCAAUGACAUAUAUGGUAUGGCUGAAGACGGCGAGACUGAGAGCCCCGCUGCCGGAGACUACCCGGAAACCGCAGAAAGCCUUCUUGAAGAUGAUCCUUUCGAGAUGUCUAUGUCUCCCGAUGAGAACUUCAGUGAUGCAGCAUUAAAGCGAGACCUCAAUCGGAAUCCCAAGCCUGCAAUUGCCGGAGAGGCUGUGGAGUUGAGGUCUGAAAACUCUGAGUUAGAUUCUCGUGAAAUUUUGGACGGCGGAUAUGAUGCUCUGGGAAGUGCGCAGCAGGCUCUUGGAAAUCAGCACCGGUUCAAUGCACCAUACAUUGUACCGCAGCCAUCACAACGAGUCCCCGCGCACAAGGAUCUUCCGUUCAGACUUCGCGUGAGAGACUUCAAUGUAAUCUGGCAUCUCUACGAUGGCUAUGACUGGCAAAGAACGAGGGACGGUAUCGUAGAGGCUGUUGAAGAAGUUGAGCAAAAAGCCGAAGAGAGAAAAGCUCGCCGUCGACGAUCGCGAGAUGACCCUGCUGACGACGGAUCAGUCAUUGGCGACUUCCUCUUCAAUUCCAUCUACAUCGGUGUGCCCAGCAGCUAUGAUGCCCAAGAUCUCCGCCGUCAAAUCAACCGCAACAUCGAUGAAGAAGUAAGCGAGACGGCGAGCGUGCCUGCAUCAGGAACUUCACGGCCUACUACAUUCUCCGCAUCGGGUCAGCCACAACCUCGUCAGCGGAGACGGCUGAAACUCGGCCGUAGCAAGAAUCACAAGAUCACAUUCGAGCUCAAAGGGGUCACUGCUGAUGUUUUGGUCUUUCCACCUGGAAGUCGUGAGACUCUCAGUUCUGUGGAUGUCCGGCUGAGGAGCUUCGAGAUCUUCGACAAAGUGCCUACAUCGACAUGGCGGAAGUUCUUGACCCAUAUGACGAGCGACGAAAGCAAGAGAGAAAUGGGCAAGCCCAUGUUUCAUAUUCAGCUGGAGACCGUCAAGACAAUCGAGAGUCAUGCAGCUACAGAAAUCAGGAUGCACGUGUCUGUGCUCCCUCUGAGGCUGCACGUAGAUCAGGAUGCCUUGGAUUUCAUCACACGUUUCUUCGAGUUCAAAGACGACAGCGUGUCAGGUCCCACUCCUGACAGCGAAAAGCCAUACCUUCAACGUGUCGAAGUUGACACUGUGGAUCUCUGUCUAGACUACAAGCCGAAGAACGUGGACUACGUCGGCCUGCGCUCAGGAAAGACGACCGAAUUUAUGAACUUCAUUACUCUCGAAGCUGCCAACAUUCGCCUGCAACAUGUCAUUGUGUACGGGUUGCAGGGUUUCGAACAGCUUCAUCCCAGACUCAACGAUAUUUGGACGGGAGAUGUCAAACGGAACCAGUUGCCUACUAUCAUGGCAGGUCUCGCUCCUGUGAGAAGCUUGGUCAACCUGGGAAACGGCGUCAAGGAGGUGGUGGCUGUUCCCAUCGCGGAGUACAGGAGGCAUGGUCGUAUUGUCCAGAGCAUUCGCGCUGGAGGCGUGAUAUUCGGCAAGACAACUACGGCAGAGCUCGCUCGGCUUGGCGCGAAAGUGGCAAUGGGUACGCAGACGCUACUGACCACAGCAGAGCACAUGUUGUCGCCUACUGCAGCAGCGUUAUCGAGUCGUCCUGGCUCCGGAAACAGGUCUUCUGGGGACAACUGGCAUGACCCUACGUCAGCAUCAGAUGAGGACGAACCGGAGCAGAAGGCGAUUUCAGCGUACGCCAACCAACCUCUUGGUCUUCUUUCUGGACUCAAGUCUGCAAGGCGCUUCCUUGAACACGACUUACUCACAGCCAAAGAUGCACUGAUUGCCGUCCAAGGCGAAUGGAUGGAGAGUCGAAACCCGAGCGAAGCUGCAGGAGCUGUGGCUAGACACGGUCCAACCAUCAUCUUGCGGCCACUUGUCGGUGCCGCAAGGGCCACUGGUACCGCGUUGUUGGGCGUCGGAAAUCAAAUCGAUCGCGGUAACCUGAGGAAGGUUGAUGAUGUAAGCUUUUGCCCCGAAGACCACGUUUGCUGCCAUUUGCUAAUGUUUCCGUGUAGAAGUACAAGCCGCGUUGA